AUGGAAGACCUCUUCUCUCUUCCCAUCUUCUUCAUCACCUUUCGCGAGUCGCUCGAAACAGCCAUCAUCGUCUCUGUUCUUCUCGCCUUUAUCAAGCGCACCCUCGACCCUCAACGCGAUGCCGUCCUCUACUCGACCAUGGUGCGCCAGGUCUGGCUCGGCACCGCUGUCGGCGUCCUCGUCUGCAUCCUCCUCGGUGCUGUUCUCAUCGGUGGCGUCUAUGGCCUCGCCGCCGACGAGAUGGGUGGCGCCGAGGACAUCUGGGAGGGCCUGUUCUCCCUCGGCGCCUCCCUCGUCAUCACCCUCAUGGGCGCCGUCCUGCUGCGCGUCACCAAGCUGCAGGACAAGUGGCACGCGAAGCUGAGCAAGGCCCUCAGCAGCACGAACGACGACAACGGCCGCCACGGCACCUUCAUGGACCGCUUCCGCUUCCUCUCCGAAAAGUACGCCCUCUUCAUCCUGCCCUUCAUCACCGUCCUGCGCGAGGGCUUCGAGGGCGUCCUCUUCAUCGCCGGCGUCGGCAUCGGCCUGCCCGUCACCUCCAUCCCCCUGUCUGUCCUCUCCGGCCUGCUCGUCGGCGCCGUCGUCGGCCUCAUCAUCUACAAGGGCUCCAACGUGGCGCCCAUCCAGUACUUCCUCGUCUUCUCGACGUGCUUCCUCUACCUCGUCGCCGCCGGCCUCUUUUCCAAGGGCGUCUGGCACCUCGAGGCCCACCAGUGGAACCUCAUUGUCGGCGGUGACGCCCCCCAAGCUGGGUUCGGGGCCGGGUUCGUACGACAUUCGCCGCAGCGUCUGGCACGUCAACUGCUGCAACCCCGACCUCAACGGCGGCGGCGUCUGGGGCAUCUUCAACGCCGUACUCGGCUGGCAAAACUCGGCUACCGUCGGCUCCGUCGUCUCGUACAACCUCUACUGGAUCGCCGUCGCCCUGGGCUUCGCUGCCAUGGCCUGCCGCGAACAGGGGCGCUGGCCCUUCCACAAGGCCGACGCCGGCAGCGCGGCGCUGCGCCGGCCGAGGCCGACCGGGAGCCGCUUCUUGCGGGUGGUGCGAGAUCUGCUGGUGAUUUGGAGAUGCUGCUCUGGGGACUGGGGCGAAAGGCGAAGAGGCCGUGA